AUGAUCACCCCUGGAGUGCCAAAGAACAGGGAGCAGAACCUGUUCACCACCAUGACUUUCACAGCUGUACCUACGGCUGGCAGAGAAGUAUGGGGGUAUCAGGGCCCUCUUGGUUUGGAUGGCAAGCCAGGGCCUCCAGGACCAAAAGGGGAUAAGGGUGAUCAAGGGGACGUUGGCCCUCGGGGGGAUCAAGGUAAAGAUGGCGUUGCUGGCCCACCAGGUCCUCCUGGACAGCCAGGUGCAAGAGGGCCUCCUGGAGACACAGGAAAAGAUGGCCCAAGGGGACCCCAAGGCCUCCCUGGUGAGAAAGGAGAAGCUGGAGAAGCAGGUAUCAAGGGUGAUGCUGGAAUCCCAGGAGAACCAGGGAUUCAAGGGCUAAAGGGAGAACAAGGAAGUGUUGGGCCAAAUGGAGAAAAAGGUACAGAUGGGCUCCCAGGGCUACGGGGAGAACAAGGAAGUAUUGGCCCAAAGGGAGAGAAAGGCAUAGAUGGCCUUCCAGGACCACCGGGAGAACAAGGAAGUGUUGGGCCAAAGGGGGAGAAAGGCAUAGAUGGGCUUCCAGGGCCACAGGGAGAGCAAGGAAGUAUUGGCCCAAAGGGAGAGAGAGGCAUAGAUGGGCUUCCAGGGCCACAGGGGGAACCUGGUGAAAGGGGAGCAGAUGGACACAUUGGGCCAAGGGGCCCUCCAGGCAUGAAAGGAGAACAGGGUGAUACUGUAGUAAUUGACUAUGAUGGCAGAAUCUUGGAAGCUCUCAAGGCUGCAGGGAAACUCAAAUUGACGGGGCCACCAGGUCCUCAAGGGCCACCGGGUCCUCAAGGUUCCCCAGGACCAAAGGGGGAGCUUGGGUUGCCUGGUCCACCUGGGGUUGAUGGUGAGAAGGGUCCUAAAGGGUCAAAAGGAGACCAAGGAAGCCCUGGGCCAAUGGGACAGAAGGGAGAGAUAGGAGAAGUUGGCAUGACUGGUCUACCAGGUCCUAAAGGAAUAAAAGGAGACCAAGGAAGCCCUGGGCCAAUGGGACAGAAAGGAGAGAUAGGAGAAAUGGGCUUGUCUGGUCCACCGGGGAUUGAUGGGCCAAAAGGAGAACCUGGUGCCCCCCGCGAACCGAAUCUUGUGCAGGUCAUAGCUGAACCAGGACCUCCAGGCCUACCAGGUCUACCGGGCCCUACAGGUCCUAAAGGAAUACAAGGACAUAAGGGUGCAGAUGGGGCAAAAGGUGCAAAGGGCGAAAGUGGCCACAAAGGUGAAAAAGGUGUCCCUGGGCCACAGGGUCCUGCUGGUCCCCAUGGACUUAUUGGUUUACCAGGCAACAAAGGAGAGAAGGGAAAGCCAGGGGAACCAGGAUUAGAUGGCUUCCCAGGUCUAAGAGGAGAAAAAGGAGAAAAAAGUGAAAGAGGAGAGAAGGGUGAAAGAGGACUACCAGGCAGAAAAGGAGCAAAAGGGCAAAAAGGAGAACCGGGCCCUCCUGGAUUGGAUCAGCCUUGUCCAGUG